AAAACUCCCCAAAAUCAGAGCCCUGGAAAGAUUCUUUGCUUUGAAAAAUGCCCCGUUCAAGGGCAAUGAGGAGUUAACCUUUGGCUUCAGUGACUAAACUAAUGGGAUUAUUGGAUUUGUUCAGCCUAGAAGAGUAAAGAUCUGUUUGACCUCUCAUUUCCGUUUAUGUGUUUUGGGGUUUGUGGCCAUGUUGGAGGACAAGGUCUCGGAUUCUCCACCGCGCAGCGACAGCAUCAACCCCGCCGGACAAAGCUGGACGCUUAAAGACGGACGACCCGACCCUGCCUCAGCCGAGAGCAACGCCGGCGACCCCGCGCAACGCGUUUCUUUGCUGUCGGAGCAUUGCAUCCCUCGUCCUGCUCCAGGGCUCCUGACAUGCCCUUUCGUCGGAGGGCUUCCAGGGAACUCGCUCCUGAUUGGAGGGCGGACUGCCCCCUUGCAGCUCGUCCAGUUUAAGGCCCAGCUGGCAUUGACUCACAUAAACAAUGUUCUUGCUGUUGGCGGUCGAGCUCCAGCUUUGACCUCAAGCUCCAAGACUCAUAAACCACACACGUCCACAGCCCCGCCCUCUCCCACUGCUGUGGCCAUCAACCUCUUGAACGUUUUAAAGAUUGUGAACGCCAUGUCCCACCCCCUGUAUAACCCCUAUGCCUCUGGGAAGCAGAGUUCCUCCCAGGGCCAGUAUGGAGUGCCCAGUGGACAGAAAGACCCUCGGUUGGCAUCGCCUCACCCGAGACCUGGGUCCAACUUCAGCUCCUCUGGAGGUUCUGUUGGACCGAUACCCUCGCUCCUCACCCUGCCCACAAUCUACAGACCUGCGAAGAGGGCCACGCUGGAUGAAGACAUAGAAAGAUCUGUCAACCUGCACAUUAGCCAAGCCAGAGAGGGAGUCAAACAUCAGCAUCCAAACCAGAGAUCUUGCUUUGCAGGCACGUCAAGAAACGAGUUGCCUUCCUCAGUUGCAGGAGGAACUUCCUAUAUGUCGCCUUCACCCUUCCAAGGACAGAGACUCUCUAAUGUUGGAAGUAGCAGCAGCACCUUGGACUGGUUACCAAUCUAUAAUAAAGGCAAUCAGGACAAUUCUACAAUAUUUCCAUCUGCUUCCUCUGGCUUCGCAGUUAGUGGUGGUGGGAGGUUUAAUCCCUCCGGUGAAGAAAGGCGAGACAUGCAGUCCAUUCCAGGCUUAGGAGAUUUUGAAGAUGCUAUGGAAAGCAAGUCCACACCACCUUCUGAGCCAAGUCACCCCAAGUACACUUCAGAAUCGGCUAUCGGCAUCCUCAUGAACUUCGGGCUUGAAAAGGAAGACUUGGAGCAUCUAAUCUCAUACCCGGAAAGUCAGAUCACGCCUGAAAACCUGCCUUUCAUUCUAAGAGAAAUUCGGAUCAAGAAGGCCAAGAGUGCUCCGGCCGCAGUUCAACCGCAACCCUACCCAGAACCGCAGCCCACCGCAAGCAGGAGCAGAGUGGACAAAUUAGGAGACUCCAGAGGGUCCGAGAUAAACCUGGAUUGUGUGUCGGCAUCAAUACUCAAACCAAGCAAAGUGAUUGACUAUGGACAUACUGGGAAAUACAACGCAGGAGGUGAGGUGGGAAAGAUUGGUGACGGUAGCGCUGCCUCUAACAUCAGUGCGGGGAUGUUACGCAUGGACACCAUUAGUGGUGGGAGCCACAGUCAAGACCUGCAGCAAAGAACUCUGACCGAGGUGAAAGUGAACACCAGUUCUGUGGCUUCUUGUCGUGAACAGAUCGGUUCCUCCUCCGUCAGCUCACUGAGGAGCUCUCUAGCUCCUUCCAGUAGCGCUUCAUCUCCAGGCGCUCCAAUCCAACCGAGCCAAUACAUGUUUAACAUGUAUAAUUUCAUAAAGAAAGACACGGACAUGAGGCAGCCCGACCCCGACACCUCCAAGGCUCUUCCUGUGAAAAUGCCCGAGCAAUCUCGACCGUCGACAUUAUCCACCGCGCAGGCCAAAACGCUGACCAGAGGGGUACACCCACAGCGCCCGGGCCUCGUGGUCUUCGACAGCAACCGCAGAAUCCCCAACGCUGCACAGGGUGAAAAUAAUCCAACGCCAAAACGUCCGCCGCCCAAUAAUCCGCCUAAAAUCCUGCAGCCUAAACAGCAGAUGGACCAAAUGCAACACCCGGAGCCGAUCCAGCCACAGUACCGAGCUUUCUCAGCGGUGAAGCCGUUCCCUCCACCGCCAGUCAAACCUGGAGGUGUCUCUGCUCCUGCUCCACACCAGCAGAUCCCCACCCUCCUCAAAGGAGUGUCCCUGACCCCCGCUUCCAGCAUGCAGCAGAGCAAGAUGGAGGCCUGCAAGAAUCAGCCCACAGAAGCCAUGAUCCGAGACUACUACGCCACUACACCUAAAGUAUUUCCUCAUACCUGUUCUAUUUGUAAGAAAGAAAGUGCACAUAUAAAGGACUGGAUCUCCCACCAUAAUACCAGCCUUCACCUUGAGAACUGCAGACUUCUUCGGACACGAUAUCUAAAUUGGGGGGGUGAGGUGCUUCAGGCUCCCAGCCCUGCGACUAAAGACCCCCAACCGUCUCCUUCAACCUCCGCCCAGAACUCCCAGAGCCAGUACCAGAAAGGCAGGUGGAGCAGCCACUCGCCGUCCCGCAGCCCACGCCGCCAGCGUGGAUUGGAGGACCGAAGAAACCGGCGUGGCAGCAGGUCUCGCUCCCGCAGUCCUCGCCGCCGCUACAGCUCCGACAGCCGCAGUGACAAACACAGCAGCCGCUCCAACUCCAGGAGUCCCCGUCGGCGCUCUGAGAACAGGAGAGAGAAGCAGAGCAGAUCCCGCUCGCCACGCUCCAGACACAACCGCCGGUCUCGUAGCCGCUCUCGUUCGAACUCCCCGAGGUACAGCCACUACACCUCUUCCCGUCACCGGACUCGCUCGAGAAGUCGUGAGAGACGAUCUUCACCGAGGAGGAAGGAUGAGAGACGGUCACCAAGGAGGAGCCGCGAGAGGCGGUCAUCCCCAGAGAGGUCUGCGGGUCAGAGACAGCGGUCGAGCAGCACCGAGAGGCUGGCCAAGAAACUACUGGAGAAAACAGCUGCACAGUCUCUGUCCAAACAUUCCGACCUGGAAGCCAUGGUCAAAACUCUGGCGCCGGCCCUGUUAGCCGAAUUGGCUAAAAUGAAAUCAUUAGGUUCGACGUCUUCAGCUCCAUCUUCUUCUUCUGGAAAGCAUGAGGGUAAAUCCUCUCCCCCCACCAUGGUGAAGCUCUCAGGGGUCACAAGUAUGAUUUCACACGGCGACGUCCAAUCUGCCAUAGACAACAUUGGGAAAACCAAAUCAGUGGUCAUUUUCAGAUCAAAAUUAGAGGCAGUUGUAUGUUUUGAGAAAGAGGAGGAUGCAGAGAAGCUGAGGAAAAUGAAACAUGUGGACAUCAAAGGAACUAAAAUCUUUGUUGUCGCAGAAAAAGAAAGUGUUGCCAAGGAGACGAAGGAGCAGAAUCCUCCUGAGCAUAAAUCUGCAUCAUCCAGUGGCCGUACAGCCCAAACUGGAAAAGAAAGAGGGCCUGCUGCUGCAUCCGAAGGCAAAAAACCCACAACAGCAAAGCCUGCGGCCAAAGCUAAAGUCACGGUUUCUAAAGCUAACGCUGCCUCCACCAGUAAGACUGCGAAAACGGUAAAGACAAAAAAUUCAGCUAAAAAGACGACCAAAGCCAAGGAACACGCUCCAGAGCCGCCAGGACCAAAAAAGACCAAGGUUCUAGCAAAGACACAAACUAGUAAAGCUAAACCGACUGUUGUGCAGAAAAAGACCGGAAAAGUUACCAAACCCGUAACGAAGACCGCGCCCAAAGCAUCUGCAUGCAAAACUGCUGAUGCUGAUGCAAAGGCCUCAGCCAAAACUCCACAGACGCUUAAACCUGCAUCUCAGGGCUCUGCUGGAGCAGAGAAGACGGUGGAAGAAACACAGAAAACUGAGACUGAAGCUGCAGGAAGUCCUUCAGGUGAUGCCCAGACUAUAAAGUCUGAAGCUGUCCAGAUCCUAAUCAUUAAUAAUCCUUUGAAGCCUCACGAAGUGAAACAAGAAGAACCCAUGGAGGUCGAAGUGCCUCCUGGUAUCAAAGAGGUUAAAGGCUUUGGGACUCCUCCCCCCCAAACCACAGAGAAAACCACACCGGAUGAGCCUCCCACACCAGACAAAGGUUCUAAAGAGCUCCAUCAAAGAUCAGAUCCACCUAAAGGAAUGGAAACUGAGGCUUCACAUGAGAGUUCUAAAGUGGAACCAAAGCAGACUGAUGCUGAAGGAAAGAAAGAGGCGGCACCCAAAACGUCUGUGGAAACACGAACCACCUCUGCUGCUGCGUCCACAAGUUCACUGAUGUUUGAAGACAAGAUUCCUAAAAUCGAUGAGAACGUGUACAAGGCUUUCACCGCAGUACUGCGCGAACACAAAAAGAAUAAAAGCUCUGAAAAUAAGAAAGAUAAAAAGCAGGAAACGGUUGAUGGUGAAGGGGAGGGGCUUUCCUCUUCCUUUUUUGAUGAGCAGAAUUUCAACAUCGAAGACUUUGUCACCCUUGAUGAAAUCGUAGGAGAUGUGGACAACAGCAAUGCUCACCAAACCUCGACGGAUAAAACUGAAAAGAAGAGCAAAGAUGAGUCAUCGGCAGCCAAAAAAGCUUCCUCCAAGAGUUCGUCAUCAACUUCCUCAUCCAAGUCAACAACAAGUAGCUCAAAGUCUGCUUUAACUAAAAAUCAGAACGACUCAUCCGAGUCCUCCAAACCUUCUAUCUCUGCUAAAGCCAGUAAAACAUCGUCCACCUCUUCCUCACAGUCCGAUUCUCCACCAAGUAAGACGUCCAAACAGUCAUCCUCUCCUGCAGGUCGGACUACACGUUCAUCAACAGCUGCCAGAAAAUCUGAAGAAACGUCCCAGAAGCCAAAAGCUGAAACGACAGCUGGAAAGAGUGCAGUGACGGAGUCUGACCACAGCGUGUCAGCAGAGAGCUCUGCUGGAAAUGCUGUUGAGUCGGAGACAAAAAUAGAACCACCUUCAAAGGUGGAGUCUAAACACCAGAUGCAGAGUCCGAGGACUGAUUUCAAGGAUGAAACGAGCAAAGAUGAAAAGAAGAAAGACACAAAAACAAAGACGGAUGAUGCUGAACACAUGAAGGAAAUGAGGAAUUAUGGGAAUGACCAGAACCCUGAAGUCCAAAAAGAUGUGGGCCAUCCAAGCAACAAAGAAGCUCCAAUGCCUGAAGACCUACAAGUUUUAGAAAUGAUUCAGAUGGAAAACAAGACUGAGACUGAAAACCAAUCAUCAGAACAAACGUUGCUUCCUGAAGGAAAAGGAGCUCAAGUUUUUGGUGAAUCUGAUAAACCAACAGCGGGAAAUGAAAUGGCUCUAAGCAAGGAAGGCAACCAAACUCCAACUACCAUAGAGAGUGUAGGGAAUGUCAAACUGACGGAGGCUGAAACCAAAACAGACGAGUCCUCCAAAACGUCUGCAGAUUCAGAGCAAACUUCUGAUGACAAAGAGCAGCCUCUGGAUCCUGUCAAAGAAGUCCAAACUCUUAGUCACCAACAAGCUAACGCAAAGGAGGAAGCCACAGAAGAGGAGGAUGAAGUGUACCAUGUCCUCGAUGCGAUCGAGGAUCUGCCAACAACUACAGAGUCAGAGACAGACAUUAAUGAAGCACCAAGGAAGAAGGUUGGUACCGGCGGUCAAGAAGACAACACAACAAGGAAGAGCGAUCAAAAGAGCAAAACAUCAUCAGAUGAGAAAGAAGAGUCGCAGAAGAAACGGGACAGGAAAGCUACAAAAUCUGAAACACAAAUCAAGAAGAAAUCCAUAAGGAGAGACGAAAAGACGGAGGAGGACAUUGAGGAGGACCCGGAGUACAUGAUCUUUGAGGUAUUGGACUCUGUUGAAGACGAAUCCGUUCUGGAAGUUCCAACCUUAGAAAUGCUGGAUCAGAAAAGUAAUACUGGAGCUACUGAGGAGAAAACGUCAAGUGUGAAAGGAUCCCCCAAAAGUUCUAAAGAGGAAGAGGAUCCUGAGAAGAAGGCAGGCACGGACGAACAAAGCGUCUCUACAAGAUCUACCAGAGGACGAAAAUCAUUGAACCAGGAUCAAGCAAAGGAAGAUAUUUCCUCGAGGAGGAGUACUCCAGCUAGAGAGUCACGGGGGCUAAAAGAAAAAACUCCUAAGACCGAAGAUGAAGCUCCUCUAAAAGAAAGGACUCCCACACAAAAGAGGGGUGAUGUGAUGAAGGACACAAGCGAGGACGAUACAGCUUCCAGCACUUUGGGGGCUCCAGAAGAGGAGGUUGUCCAAAAAGAUCAACCGCCAGUUCAAGAAAAACCAAGAAGAGGUAGACCAAAGAAAAACACCAAGAAAGCUAAGAAACAAGUAGCAGCUCCAAAGAAAGUCGAGUCACCCGUUAAAGAGGUAGAAGAGGAUGAAGAUGAAUUCCAGAUUAUUGACUCUGUUGAGGAGGAAGCGGUUGACGGUCCGGCUUUCAUGAACCAAACUUUAAGUACAGGAACACCAAGUUCUAAUGAUAAGAAGACGAAACCUGAGACAACUAAAGGUUUGCUUUUAAAUGAGGAAGAGGAGCCUUUGUAUCAGAUUUUAGAUUCUGUGGAAGAUGAGGGACUUCUAGAGGAGGUAACCCCCACUGAAGUGUCCAAUAUGGAGGUUGAGGAAGAUGCAAAGAAGAGGAGCCUGAUUCAAACCGCAGACAGCACAGCCGUUUGUUCCGAAUACCAGUGCCAGCUCCAGUCAGCUGAGACCAUCAAAGGUGUUGACGUUCCUUCCACAGAACUCAGUGAGGAUAUGACUCAGAAGACGGGCGCUCAGACGGACGGAGAGCCUCCAAGUUCACAGAGCGGCGAUGCAGCAUCAGCAGAUGCAAUGACCGACAAUGACACAACCACCUCAAAAAAUGCUCUUAAAAACCUGGACGAAGUCAGCGAGGAGGAGGAAGAUUACCCCGACGAUACAGCCGAGGAAGAGGAGCUGAAUAAAAGACUGGCUGCAGCGAAGGAGCGAGAGAGGGCACGGGAGGAAAGGAGGGCACACAACGGAGAAAACCAGGAACAGAGGAGUCUAAGCUGUAGCAGAGGAAGGAGCCAUAGGAGUAAGGAGGAGGAGAAGGUGGAUCUAGACACUCAGGAGCUGGUGACUCUGGAUGAGGUUGGGGGCGAUGAAGCUGGGGAGGCAGAUUUUGAAGGUUUGGAUAGUGGGGUCAUGGAGAGAGAGCUGCAGGACCUCGUCACUUUGGAUGAGAUUAUUGAAGAAGAGGUGGAAGAGGGAAAAGAAGCCCAAACCCACGAGACCCAGCCACGAAUCCAGGACGGCCAAUCAGAAGACCUUAUUAAGCCAAAGACUUCAACAGGUUCGGAAGAAUCUAAAUCACCAAGAGCUGCUAAAAGAAAACACGAUGAAGAUGCAGAAGAGAGCUCAAACUUCGGAACUGUAGAUGAUCCGGGAAAGACUGAAGAAGAAGAAAAGAUGGUGACGACACCCAGAUCAAGAGGCCGACCCAAGAAGAAAAGCAGACAAGCUGCAGUGAGAAAAUCUGCCAGAGGAAAAGAGUCGAGCACCGAAGAAGAGAAGAAAGACGAGGAACUGGAGCCACCGCCUCCUACGUCCCUCGAUUCCUCUUCAACACCGGAUCCAGAAACUUCUGGAUCAUUAGGUGAUUACAAAACGGAGAUCCAAAAGCCAGAGGAGGACAUGAGUCAGUCUGAGGUGCAGCAGCUCCAGCCUGAGCCGGCUGAUGAGGGGAAAGGAUCUGUGAUGAAGAAUGAGCAGGAUGAACUCAUGACUGAGCUUAAAGGUAACAAGCGCCAGCAGGAGCCUAUUGGACUAGAAUCCAAGCGAGCUCGUUCUGAGUCUCCUUCAGUGCCAGGAGGUUUUCUACUGCCCCCAUACAACCCCAAAAGCCCCAUCGGUCAAGAGCACGUUGUUCCAAAAUCUGGAUUUUUCUGUAAUAUCUGCUCUGUUUUCUACCUGACUGAGAAGGCAGCAAAAGAAGUCCACUGCAGCAGUCAGAGGCACUAUGAAAACCUGCAGAAACAUAACAGGAAGCUCCAGUGGAAAUCCUCCAGAACACAAAGUUCUCAGGGUUCUGUGUCCGACUGACUUGAACUGGAAACUUCUUUAAAAUGAAAAGACAUAAGAUGAGCCACGGCAGUUUUGGUUAACAGAAAAUUCCCUACUAUAUCAAAUUUAAUGUACAUUUAUGACAAAUGUUUGUACAUAUGUAAUCAGGAACAGUCUCCCCACUUCUAGCGCCUUUUCUGUUCGCAUGGAGAACAGGUUUGUUGUUUUAUUUUUAGAACAAACUGCCAAAAGACUUUCUUUCAUGGCCUGUUUAAGCAGAAAUAAAAUACUGAUCCAAAUCAUCACUGAUAGAUGCUCGGUACACCACCGGAAAAUGUUUUGUUUUGGCUUUUACUCAGUGAUGUACAUGACAAGUGGUUCAGAAGAAACUGUUAGAUAUCUCUUUCAUUGUUGUUUAAUAUUUCUAUUUCUUUUCCUGAUUCUGCUGGUUUAAUAAAGAUUUAAUUUUUUUGUGACAAA